CAAGAUCGUUUCUUGAAGCGGCGAUAAUGCAUACUAGUUAUUACAUGUUGGUUAUCGCGGUGUUAAACUUGGCGACGUGUCGUACUCGGGAAGUGUAUUCCAAUACAUGGGUUGCGAAGGUUGAUGGUGGUCUUCGGGAGGCCGAAAGGAUAGCAAGAGAAAAGGAUCUUACACUGUUAGGCCAGGUAGGGGAGACAUUGAUUCAUUAGCCUCCCGUGAGUGGCACAAGUGCCUCGAAGGAUGCUAUUUUUCAUUUGAGGUUUUCUGCUGGAGGGAAUUCAACUUAUCCUCUUCAUUUCACGCGUUUGUUUGAUCAAUGAAUUGGAAGUGUUUUUUGUCUUCAUUUAUAGGUUGGAAGUCUGGAAGGAUUUUAUUUGUUCAAGCACAAUUCACAUCCCAAACGAUCGAAACGCGAUGCCAUGGAUAUUACAUCGGACCUUGGUGAACAUCCUAAUGUAUGCAUUGCGUUUUAUAAUCCAUUCUUAACAUCUACUCUAGCAUUAUCAGGAACAUGCUAAAUCCAGGAAGUUGGUUUCUUUUGUUACGGCAGUCUUGCACUUCCUCAACGACUUUAAUGAUAUUUUUUCUUCUGUUUAAGGUGAUUUGGGCAGAUCAACAAAUUGUGAAGAGACGCGUACGAAGAGAUUAUAAUCCCAAGUUAAAUGAUCCAGAUUAUAGUAAACAGUGGUUUCUGGUAAGUUAGGAGUAAGUCAAAUUCUAUCGUUAGUUCGCCAGGGAGCUAGUUCUUGCUCUUACAGUCGUAGAAAUGAGCUUAAGAGUAUGUUAAACUUUCGUGUGAUCAGAGAAAAUUUUUGUCGAGUUGUAAAUUUACACCAACAACGAUUUUUGAAGUGCAAAUGAAAAAAACAUCUUAAUGAUAGAUCUGAAGCGGAUACGUUGCGGUGAAAGUUAUGCCCAAUUAUAGAAUUUAAUUGAAGAGAGCAUAAAGUCCAUUUUUUUAGAGCGUCUUACAAAGUACCAUGUGCAAGUUUACGUUUACCGGUAGUGCAUUUAAUUGUGCAAAGAGAUUUCUGAGAUUUGAAAUAAUCUUAGACACAAAUCUGAAACAAUUCUUUUGAAACAUUUUGAAGACGAUUACUCUCUAUUUCCGUUUGUAUAGUGUAAUUUAAACGAUUCACGAAAGCGGAGCAGGUGUAAUUUAUUAUAUAAAAUAUUCCUUUAGGGUUUCCCUUUACCUUCACUGUAAUUAUUAUCAUGAAAAAAAGUAUUUUAAUUUUUUUUUUCAUUAUGAUUUUUACAAUUUUUAAAAUCGUUUUGACUCAAAAACUGUUCCAAGUGGAAUAUUUUAUUUGCUUUUUUCAUUCCACUCCACUUUUUAUUUGCCACAUAGAUAUUUUUUACUGAUCUGGUAAAUUAUACAUUUAUACAAAUCUGUCUGAUUGGCGUGUGGGAGAAACCACUCUUGCACAUCUGCUAUUCAUAUUUUCUUGGUCUCCCAGAAUAUAUUCAAAAUACUUGAUACAAGGAGGUAUAUAAAAUAGUUGUUAGGUUAUUGAGCUCAGCUAUACUGGUAGUUUGCACUGCUUUUAAGAAUGCCAGUUGGAAGUCAGAUAAAAAAGGAAGUCAGAAAAAAAGAGCCUAUUUCCAGCUGCGGGCUGUGGGAUUGCAUGGCAAGCUGGAGACAAAUUAAAGAUAAACUCAACAUAACCAAUAGCAGUAGCUUUUAUUUUUUCCUUUUGUUAGAUGGAUAUUUGUCAUGUUUUCCUGCAAACUGAGAACCUAAAACAGGCACUUUUUUUGAUCGAUUCUAAAAUGACACCUUUCCAGAGGCAUUUGACAGCAGCACUAGGUAAUGAUUUGUACAACAAGUACAUGAAGUGAUAGAGAGCACCCAUCCUUUUUACCAGUGUAUGACUGUGAUAUCUCAAGGAAGAGAUAGAGGGAGCAAUGAAUUUUCAAAAAUUGGCUCUCAUUUUCUUUCUUAUUGAUUGCAACAGUUAUAUAUACCAUCUAGAUUUCAUUCAGUGAUAGUUUUAAGUGGGUUUUGGUUAUCCAUUUUUCCCCAGAUGAUGAAAUGCAUUUUGUUAUGGUAAGGGAACGACAUAAAUGAUAUUGCACAGCUCUCUCACAAAUGGAGGGCUGAUAUAUAACAUUUGCUUUUUUUUCACAAUGAAUUAUUGCUUUUCUUUUACAGCAUAAUAGAGACAGUAUAUUUAGAGGAUAUGAUCACAAUGUCCUUCCCGUAUGGGAACAGGGUGUUACUGGCAAGGGCAUAGUUGUGUCCAUCCUAGAUGAUGGUAUGUGAAUUUUAACCAGGAUAUCUUUUGCAAGUACACAGAUAUACGAAUAUUUGAAUAUUGAAGACCUCGAAUAUUGAUUUGUCACAGAUAUUGCUAGGCUAAGUUGCUCACUAUUGGUGAAUACAGUUCCCCUAAUAUUGACAACAAGAGUGAGUACAAGAAAAAGAAAUUUCUUUGUGUCAAAUCUGAUUGCUGUUAGAACUAUCUCAAUGGAGACACUUUCAUAAUAUACAAACAAUAAUGAAUUAAUAAUGAUUACCGGUAGAUACUGAUUUAGGAGAGUUACUAGGUCAUACAAUCUUUCACUCUAGUUGAUAUCAAAUGUCAGUAUAAUUCCCUGACUUUUCCCUGAUAAUGAAAUAAACUCUGACCAAAAGAAUACAUUAUAUGUAAUUUCUAUAGUUAAUCCUUUCAGCCCAUGGUUUCACAGAGAAAUUCAAUAAAAUAGAUCACAAUAAAGCAAUCAAUACUUCAUUGUGAUGUAUUCGGUUCUUUGGCCAUGGCAACAAGAGGAGUCAAUAUUUAGAGAAUUAGGAGAAUUGCUAACGAGAUCUUGAGAGUGAAAGUGUUAAAUAAGUAGAAGUAUAACUACUCCUGCUAGUCUUUCACAGGCUACCCCCUGGUGUUUUAUGAGGCCUCCCAGUUGCUUUGCCCAUACUCAUUUGAACUGGACCUCUUUACCUUGAGUCCAGUUCGCUCUGCAUUAGGCCACUGUAUCUGUACAUGGAAAAGGCGAAAAAUGGCUAUGAAGGUCUUCAUUAUUAAGUUCAACAUUGAGAUCAAAGUGAACAAAAAAGCUUCUUCUGUCCAUGAAUGAUUUGAAAUCAACCAUUAGUAUUGUGAAUAUUUCAAUUUCCUCCAGCAUAAUUUAGUUCCUAGACUUUCACUGACUAUGGUUAAUUUGAUUGUCAUCAUUCUAUUGCUUUCAUCUCAGUCUGUCUGUCCUAUUCUUUUGUAGGAAUUGAGUAUAAACAUGGGGAUUUAAAGGACAAUUAUGUAAGUUCUUAUCAGUAAUUGUUAUAGCAAUGUUAACCCUUUAUUGCUUUUGGCCUUUUACAGCCACCUUGUUUUUAUGACCCCCCCUUAAUUUGGACCACAUUUUCAUAGCCUUGUGGGGGAUGUAUUAAGAAGGUUUUGCAGUAAAUUAAUAAUAAAUCAAUUAAUAGUAAAAGCACCCCCAAGUUGCCACUGUUUUGUACUGUUGCUCUGAUGAGUUUGAGAAAUUUUGGCAAGUGAAUUUAUAUAAGAGUUUGCCAUGAAGCAAGCUGUUAUGUUGUUGCCACUUUAGGUGUUUAUGGUUUUAAGUGAAACUGAGAUUAAACAUUGGCAGUCCUUUUAUAGUACUUCAUUAUUUUCAGCAUCUACCAUUGAACAGAAGGAUUGAGAAACUCAGUGAUGCCUUUAAGAUUUCUGAAAGCCCCUUCAACCCUUUAAACCCUGAGAGUGACCAGCAUCUAACUUCUCCUUACAGUUAUAUGGCCAAAUCAUUCAUUGAGAUUAUGAGAAUAUAGCAAAUGAUCACCACCCAAAGAAGCUCUGAUUGUUAAACAAAUUCUCCUUGUCAGUACUAAAGGAAACUUAUAGAGAAGAGAAUGGAGAAUAUGGAUACUGAUGUUAAGGUGUUAAGGGUUAAUGAUUACAUCACAUGUCUUUCAGGAUUCUGAGGCUAGUUAUGACUAUAACAGCAAUGAUCCUGAUCCUGCUCCAAGACCAACAUGGAAUGAUGAAAACAGGUGAGUCAUGUAAAAAGGCAAACAAAUGCUUCAAUAUCAAUGAGGUACAUUAGUUUACACUUUGCCUCUUUAAUUCUGUAAGCUCUGUUGCUGAGAUCAUUUGACAGCUUCAGGCAUAGUAAGGAGUAUAAAAUUAGUGCAACCAUAAGUGUAAUUUCAUGAAAUCCAGAGGUUGGUUUUGCAUCUGUCCAAAAUCAACCACAAUUUUCUAGUUGCUGUGAGUUGUCAUUUGAUUUUGAACAUUUUGGAUUUGAUCUCUAUGAUUAAAGACCUACUUUUCAUAAUUUGAUUGAUGUUAACCCUAUAACCCCCAAGAUUGAUUGCUAAUACUCCCCUCGAGCUGCUACACUUUUCCUUGUAAAUUAGUUGUGAGAAUUUUAUGUGAGAUAAAGACAACAACUUCUACCUGAAAAGUUCUCAUUACCUGUUUGCUGGAUAAUGUAUGGAUAUUAUAGGGAGUUACAUGUUGAUCACUUCUGGGAAUUGAAGGAUUAAGUUAUUUGCUUCUCACAUUACCUAGGCAUGGUACAAGAUGUGCAGGUGAAGUGGCUGCUGCAUGGAACAACAGUGUCUGUGGUGUGGGCGUGGCACCAGGAUCAAAAGUUGGAGGUAAGCUGGCUGUAUAGGUAUAAACAUGCAAGUAUACAAACAAAAAAUACCAUAUGCAGUUGCAAGGAAAUAUCUACAGGCUAAUGUCGGUAUUGAGGGAAAAUUUGAAGGUCUUCAAAGAUUGCUUAAUCAAGAAUGCAAUACCAGUUUUGACAGCUUUCCCUAGACCAUGUUUUGCAACCAGCUGUCUUCUACUCAAAGGCGGCGACACACUUGGUGAUUUUAUGUGCCAAUCGCUGUGAUCAGAGCUUAAAAUCGCCAAUAUCUGACAUGCAAUUUUGAACAUUGUAAUGGCAAUAAAAUCCCCAGGUGUUUUGCUUGCCUAAGACUCCAGGGCUGAGUUGUUUAAAGCCAGGUGAAGAUGACUUAGGGUUAGUGUGAAUUCUGAUUUCAGAUAUGAAAGUCUUAAAAGAGAAUUUAGUAUAAUUCUUUUUUUCUACAAUUUGAUGAUUGAAUGCUUCAAAAGAAUAGAGGAAAUUAGCCCAAAGGAGGCCUUAGAACAAAGGAAUAAGGAAACCUGAAUUAGUUUUGAAGCCUCUUUGGCCUCUUACAUUCACAAUCCUCUUCACUCAAGAGUGUAAAUGGGCACCUGAAAAUUGCCAGGGAGAGUUUAAAAAGUGCUUGAGGUGUAUUUGUGAUAGACUUACAUCAAGUCUCUUUUUACCUGUAAGCCUACCAAUACUAGGAGAGCUCUGAUUGUAGAGUGCCACUGGGCACACUACAGUGAGCUUAUUUCUCCAAGAUCUGAGAUUUUUUCACCACAUGCCAAGGUGUCAUCACUCUGGACCCGUUACUCUCUUUUGGGUGAAUCAAUUCAGAUUGCAAAAAUUUUUACAUGUGUUUUUCUGUGGGUUUUAGGUGUACGCAUGCUUGAUGGUGAUGUGACAGAUGCAGUAGAGGCAUCAUCUCUGAGUCUUAAUCCUCAGCAUAUUGAUUUGUACAGUUCAAGCUGGGGACCAGAUGAUGAUGGGAGAACAGUUGAUGGACCAGCUACUUUGGCAAAAAAGGCAUUUGCUGAUGGUGUUCAAAAGGUAAACCUUUUUUAUUAUGGCCUCUUCUAAUGCAAGGCUCAGUUCAAACAUUGUGCUUCUACCUUUUCAAACUUAAUUCAGUUCAGUUAAGUUCAAAAAAGCACAGCAGAAGCAUGACGUCUGAAUCAAACUUUUUAAUUAAGUGUUCUAUAUUUGGUGAAAACACCAUUGUAUUAUUAAGGGUAACAUUGAAAGGAGAGCUGUAAAAUAAAAGAAAUCAAAUGAAAAAUGUGCAUGACAUUUAGCUUGUUUCAUUCCCUUACAGGGCCGUGGUGGAUUAGGUUCCAUUUUUGUGUGGGCCUCUGGCAAUGGGGGGAGAGGCCAUGACAGUUGCAGUUGUGAUGGCUACACAAAUAGUAUUUACACUUUGUCAAUCAGCUCAGCAACAGAACAUGGAACUUCUCCAUGGUAUUCCGAGUACUGUGCAUCAACUCUGGCCACUACUUUUAGCAGUGGAAGCUAUGAUAUGAGAAAAAUUGUAUGUACAUUAAGUAUAGAUACUUUUUCCCUUACUGUAUUUAUUCAGUUAUUUGUUACAAAUAUCAUAAAAGUCGUUGUUGUAAGAUUCAAUGUUACCUUUACAAAAUGGCAUGAAGCUACUGGAGGAAAAUUGUCGCUGAAAGAGCAUUAUGACCUCCAGGUUGUAUCACUUGUUUUUAAAUAAAAAAUAUUUGUAAUUUAAUGUUGUUAUAAACAGAAGUCAAGUAACAACAUGAUGUUUGGUUAUAGGUUACCACAGACCUGCAUGGUAGAUGUACAGAUUCACAUACAGGCACAUCUGCUUCAGCACCUCUUGCUGCUGGAAUAUUAGCCCUUGCAAUGGAAGUUAAGUAAGUACUGAUCCCUCAUUCCUUUUUGUACAGUACUGUGAAACACAGAUAACAAUGAACACCAGAGGCAUGCAUGGAAUGUUAUUAUGUGUCAGGGAAAUGCCAAAUGGGUAAAGGCUUUGGAUAACUGAACUCCAAAUUAGUUUGUGUUUUUUGGAAGUUUUCUUGCAUGUGCUGAACUUUGUUGUGAUUGGUCAGGUCACCUGUGGAGGUAAAAUGUUCACUUUUCUCAGUUUCACAGUAACAGCGUUGGUGUGACUUAAUGAUGAAGAUAUUUCGUGGUCACAUCAUUCAGGGUGUGCCUAAUUUUAACAUGCUCAUUCUUCUCACCCAGUCGCAACCUGACCUGGAGGGACAUGCAGCAUCUUGUUGUUCGAACAUCAUCCAAUGCUAAGUUGAAAUCCGAUGACUUUGUUGUCAAUGCAGUUGGGAGGAAGGUCAGCCACAAGUUUGGUUAUGGUUUACUUGAUGCUUUAGCACUUGUCAACCUUGCAAGGAAGUGGAAAACUACACCAGCCCAGCAUGUCUGUCGUGAAAUACCUGAAGCACAGCAGAGGUGAUCCUUAAAUUUGAAAUGUAUAAAUUUUUCAGAAUGAAUGACAAUGCAUCAUGAAAGAUCUGUUGUCCUUUUUUUCAUUUAAUUUACUACUCAUCACUUAAUAUUUUCUCCUUUAGACCAAUUCCUGGAACUGGCUCUUUAAAGGUGACUAUUGAUGCAACAGCUUGUUCAGGUAGUGACCGCUAUGUGCGGUACUUGGAACAUGUCCAAGUGGUCAUAACCUUGACUUUUACACGACGUGGAGACCUCACUAUUAAGCUGAUUUCCCCUCGUGGAACAGCUUCAGUUUUAUUGCCACAGCGAAGGGAAGACUACUCAGGUGCUGGCUUUACAGAUUGGGAAUUCAUGUCAACUCAUACAUGGGGUGAAGAUCCAAAAGGAACAUGGACAUUGGAGAUUGAAAACCAUGGUGAGGAAAGCUCUCUCUGACAAAAGACAUUUGUAUAUUUUAAUCUUCCUGUUUCUCACAAGUAUUCAUUGUGUCCAUUAUUUUUCAAUGAAGGAAGACAGAAGACAAGAAGAAAAAAAAUUUAUCCUGAAAUGGUGUUGUAUGACUUUAGCCAUUUCCGAAGGGUGUUCUAGUCUCUGAGAAUAACAGAAUUCUAAUCCUUAAUCAUAAUAUAAAGGAAACUGCUUUCAUCACAAGAAAUGGAUAUGAAUCGGUAUGUGACCUUAUGUAAUUAACGUUUCAUGAUUCCAUAAGAGGAAGGGAAAGAAGGUUUGGACAAAAAGGCAUUGUUGAUUAAGUAUAUUUUUUGGUUUUAUCUUUUCCAGGUGCUUCUCGAAAUAGUGGAACACUCAAGAAUUGGUAUUUGAUUACUUAUGGCACAUCAGAACCGCCACAACCUACUGAUUCCACAAAGGAACCAGUAGCUGCCUGCAACUUGGAAUGCCAAAAUGGCUGCACUGGACCAAGGGCAAACCAAUGUAAAGAGUGCAAGCACUUCAGAAGUAGCACCAGCAAUGUAAGAGUAAUUCAUUGGUAAUGACUAAUAUUAUGACCAACUUCAGUUGGAAAAUUUUGUCGUAGUACUUGUUAUCAUUUUGACAGGUCUUCAUAUAAUUAUCUUCAUGUGGACCUGUCCCUCACAACUUGAGUUUUGAUAUGUAGACCUGCAGCUCACAACUUGAGUAUUGAUAUCAUCCUUUAACUACAAGUGAAAGAAUGUCUUGCCAUUACAGCCUGAUUUUUAUAAGUUACAUACAGCAUGUUCCUUUAUUUUUGGUGUUUUACCAGUGUUAUAACCUCUAGCAAACCACCAACAAUAAUGGAAGUAAGCUUGAGAUCACCUUGCUAAGACUAUUAUUCAAUUUACAGUCACAAGUUCAUGUUCUUGGAUAUUACCUCUAGUUAAAGAGACACCUAUGGUUUAUGUUGUACACUGUUACAUUCAAGGAUGAAUCGAAAUCGUGAUUAUUUUUUUGAAGGAGUGUGUUGCCGAUUGCACCAAGACAGAAUACAGAGAUCUGGCUGCAAAACUCUGCGCCCCAUGCAGUCCAACAUGUGCAACUUGUUAUGGACCUAACUCACCUAACUGUCUAUCAUGUCAUUCACCUCUUAUUCUGAACAAUGGAAGUUGUGUGAACUUUUGCCCCGAUGGUUGGUAUAAACAUGUCAAUGGUUCUAUUCUGAUGUGCGGGAAGUGUGACAAGUCAUGUUUGACUUGUGCCGGUAAUGCAACGUCAUGCACUUCCUGUAGGUUACAGUACAGGCAUCAUUUCAGCAGAUGUGUAGCUAAAUGUGCAGAUGGACAGUACUUAGCAGAAGACGGACAGUGCAAGAUUUGUCACCCUUCUUGUCGUAAAUGUCAUGCUGGUGGUGCAAGCUCUUGCACAGAAUGUGGCACUAAAGAAACUCAGCAGCAACUGUUUCUGCAUGGGGGAGAGUGUAAGGCAUCUUGCCCAAGUGGAUUCUAUGGGGAUACAGAAAGCCAGGAAUGCAAACCUUGUUCUGCAUCAUGCAGCAGUUGUGUAGGAUCUUCAGCAUCCGAUUGUCUGUCUUGCAGCAAGGGACACUUUAGGACUGGAACCCCAGUUGGGACAUGUGUUGAAAGUUGUCCUGAGGGUACGUUGACUGAUAGUACCAUGUAGGCUUGAAAGUGAAGAUCUCACUUUUAAUUUCACUUUAUAAUAGGCUUGGCUCUGUCUGUCCAUUAGUUCCGCUGUAGGAAGGGAAAAUUCACCUGUGUUUGAACUGAUCUACCGUCUUCAUUUUUAACAAAUGCCUGAAAAACAACCAACCACUCAGGUUACCUAGUAAGUGUAAAAAGAGUGGUCUUACUGCUCGCUUGAGAAUUUUUCUCAACAACCCUGUCAUAAUUAUGCAGCAAUUAUCAUACUAUUGGUACUUGAUAUUCAUAAGAUAUGGAUUGAUUUGAUCGAUGUCAUUUCUAGGUCAGUAUGGGGAAUCCUCAAAUGGUACUUGUGUUGCUUGCCUGUCGUCAUGUAAACAUUGUGAUGCUAUCGAACCCACCAAAUGCACCAGCUGUCGAGAAGGCAAAUUUCUACACGUGCAUCAAUGUUUGUCUGCGGAACAUUGUCCAACUGGCACAUUUCCAAACAGUACCUCUUCGAUAUGUGAAAAUUGCCAGGUUGGAUGUGCUUCUUGCAGUCAUUCCUCGAGUCUGGAGUGUCAGUCUUGUUCAGAAGGAUUUGUUAAGUACAAAUCUCAGUGUUUGAUACGUUGUCCUGAAGGAACCUUCCCUAGGAAUUCCAGGUAAGGCUUGGUAUGUAAUGUUGUGGGGAUAGCUUAUUAGCAUAUUAUUCUCAUUGAUAAUUUUCAAAACGUGUUGCAGCAGAAAACGUAUGACAGACCACGCUGAUUCUUGCGAUUUAACUGAUUAAAGAGCUAUGUAAUAUUUGUACAACUAAAAAAGAAUCGUCAUUUACACUAUCUUGUUUUGUUUUUUGCGCAGCUGUGUCCCUUGUAACUCAGCAUGUCGCACAUGCUUUGGUGAGGAAAGCAACCACUGUUUCUCUUGCUCCCCUUCGAAUGUUUUGGCUGGAUCAAUGUGUGUCACCAAAUGUCCGGAUGGAACGUUCCACAGUCAAAAUCCUCCUACCUGUAAAUCUUGCCACACAAAUUGUGAAACAUGCCGUGGACCGUCUGCUAGCGACUGCCAGACUUGUAGAGGUAUUUUGAACUCUAUCAUCAUUUUUUUAUGCAGAACUCAAGGAGGUCUAUAAUCAUGAAAACGAUGACAGAAAUAGGAAAAUAAAGUAUUUUCUUCUGACCUUUCUCCUCGGAGCAAUUCUUUUAAUUGAUCACCUUUGUAAAAGGACUAGUUUAGGAGGACUCGUUUAGCCUAAUCGUAUAUUCAAGAUUUACAUUUCCCUUUUUUUUCUCUUUCCACAAUUUUCACUUCCUGUGACCGCUUAUUGCCACAUUGUUACCAGAGAACAAACGGAUAAAACUUUUGGGAGCAGGGAAGAUUUUCUUUUGUUGUAACGCCUUUUUUUAAAACUUGUUUUCUUUACAGCUGGCUGGUCGCUUGAUGGCUCUGAAUGCAAACCAGUUUGUCCAAGAGGCAAGUUUAAUAGUAGUGACGGCUGUCAGAGGUGCCAUCCUGUGUGCCAUUCAUGCACUGGUCCAGAUGAAAAAGACUGCCUAAGCUGCAGUGAUAUAAAGUUUCUGGAUUUGCUAACAAAACAGUGUUCCUAUGAGUGUCCAGACGGUUACUUCGGUGAGCUGGAUACAACACGAUGUAAGCCGUGCUCCCCUGGAUGCACAAAAUGCAAAAACGAAGUGGAAUGUUUGUCCUGUCAGCCAGGUUUAUUGUUUGUUGCUAAUUCAUGUCGAACACAGUGCCCAGCAGGCCAAUAUCGUAGCAAAACUAACUCAUGUGAACCUUGUGAUGGUAUGUGCAAGGAAUGUGUGAGGUCUUCCAACAACUGUGUCCGGUGCAAAGAACACGAGGUUCUGAAUAAUGGAAUCUGUGUCAGUAUCUGCCCGAUUGGAACCUAUCUACUGCCAGGAACAAAGAGUUGUGCGCCAUGUCAUUCAUCAUGCAAGUCUUGCACAGGACCCGGUGCGGAUCAAUGUACCAGAUGUCAUCCUGCAUCUGUCAUGGCGAACUCAAGAUGUUUAGCAUCUUGUCCGUCAGACUAUUACUUUGACAGAGAAGUUAAUAGUUGCCAGCGAUGUGACUACUAUUGUUCAACCUGUGAAGGAGGUAAGUUUUAUGAGUAGUUUUUUUCCUUAGCUGUACAACUGUCGACAUAUAAAAAUAAUUAAGGUUGGAGUAUCUCAUCCUGCAAUAUUCAGUUACGUUUGUAAACCAUUAAACUUGCCGUGCAAAAUGAGAGAACAGUAGAAAAUAUCUCAUAGAUCGAAAGGUUCGGAUAACGUCGGUACACCAUUUAUCCACGGUUAGAUCAAAAUAUCCCUUUUGGCUUGUAAAUUCGAUAUGCAAUGAUCUUGAGUCUACAGGUGUCGAAGUGCUUAAGAGUAAGCUUUAAUCAUUCUAUCGUACUCACGUUGGCUAUCUUUUAUCCAAUUCUUUUGCAGGGAAUGGCCUCAGAAAUUGCACAAGGUGUAUACCACCAUUUGUGCUCUAUAAGCACUACUGUAUCAGAGAGUGUCCCAAACAUGGCUGGGUAUUGGAUACCAGUCGUCAGAAGUGUAUCAAAUGUCACCCUUCUUGUUCAAGGUGUAUUGGGCCUACAGCGAAUGACUGCAUCGCAUGCAGCAAACCAGAUACAAGUCUAGUUGGCUUUUCGUGCAAAAAGGAAUGUCCCCAUGGAACAUUUCCAAAUCGGGACACAGGUCUCUGUGAGAAAUGUCACCCAACCUGCCAGACAUGUUCUGGUGCUGGCGCAGACACUUGCUUAUCAUGUGCAAAAGACCUAGUUCAAAGUCAAGACAAAGGAACGUGCGGCUCAGUAUGCCCUGAAGGAAAAUUUUCUCUUGUAGGAAAAUGUGAGAAGUGUCAUCCAAAUUGCAGAUCAUGCAAUGGCCCAGAUAGUUUCAACUGUCUUAGUUGCUCACAAGGCAAAGUAUUCUACAAUUUUACUUGUGUCAGUAGCUGUCCCAGUGGAUCGUUUCUUACGGAACAGUAUGGUAUUCAUCAGUGUCAAACGUGUCAUCCUGUCUGUCAAUCUUGUUAUGGUUUCUCUUCAGAUAACUGUCGCUUAUGUAAGAGCCCGCUUUAUCUUGAGCGUGGAAUGUGCGUUGUACAGUGUUCGCCCAAUCAUUCCAUUGAGGAACAAACAAGAUCUUGUCAUCCAUGUGGAAGAGAAUGUAAAUCAUCAGUCAUUGACAGGAAUCGCUCAGUGCAGUAUCCAAAUGAUAGUGCACUCAAAUUUGUGCUUGAAGAUCCCGGAAGGACUGGGCUAUCGGCAAUAGCCAUUGCAGCUAUGUCACUGGCAAUUGUUACUUUUCUUGUUGUAUUUGGGAUUCUUCAGUUUCGAUCCAAAAAGAGAAUGAAAUACUACACUAGUGUAGAAUGUAACGGUAGAGCUGAAUCUGAUGAUGAAUGCAACUGGUCUCUUAUCGAAGACGAAGACGAAGACGAGAGAAUGUAAAAUUCUACUUAUGGUUAGUGUCGUUCUACACGACAAUCGUGAACUGUUAUUCGUUCAGAAAAUAGACAGUUAUUUAAUUAAUCGCCAUUCUAACAGAUAUAAAAAAGGGGGAAAGACUUACUACACAUACUCUUGUGUCAGGCGAUCUGCUCAAAAUAAAGUGCGAAGAUUAACACGUAUUUUCAAUUUAAAAAGGCAAAUUGAUACGCAAAGUAAAAUUAUAAUCGAUCUUUGCGGUUCAGAAUGUUAUUUUUUGAAAACAAAUGUUUGUAGUCCCGUCCUCAUUGACCAUGUUAACUGACAUGUUUUCUAAGUAUCGUAUUCUUUACAUUUCAGAACGAAACCUGUUCAUAUUCUUUUGUUGAGAUAGUUAGUUUUUACAACAAAGUUUUUAUCAAAGGCAUUUAGUUUCCAAGCCUAUAUUUGACGUAAAAACCUUUGAAGAACAGUUACUAUUUCACUCAAAUCAUUUGCUUGCAGAAAGUUGCAUUUGUAUUC